CAUCUGCUCCAUUGUCUUUGGCCAGAGGUUUGACUACAAAGACGAAAAGUUUAUGUCUCUCCUUUUCUAUAUGAGGGAAAUGAUCAGACUUCUAAAUUCCAGCCUUGGGCAGAUAAUCAACUUCUUUCCAAAUCUGUCCCAAUAUGUGCCCGGUCCUCAACAAAAGAUAUUUAAAUAUUUUCAAAGCAUAAGGGAAUUUUUGUUGGAUUCAGUUCAAGCCCACAAAGAGACGUUAGAUGAAAACUGCCCCCGAGACUUAAUCGACUGUUUUCUCUUGAAGCUCAAGGAGGAGAAGAAUAAUCGCCAUACUGAAUUUCACAAUGAUAAUUUAACUGGUACCAUCAGUGAUCUGUUUUUUGCUGGGACAGAGACUUCAAGCGUUACACUAAGAUACAGCUUCUUUAUCAUGCUUAAAUACCCUGAUAUACAAGAGAAGAUACACAAGGAGAUAGACCAAGUGAUAGGCCAAAGUCGGUGCCCAUCAAUGGAAGAUCGAGGCAAGAUGCCGUACACCGAUGCAGUGAUCCAUGAAAUCCAGAGAUUUGCAGAUAUCCUCCCAAUGGGAGUCUCUCGUGCAGCCAGCAAAGACACAAUGUUCAGAGGUUACCACAUUCCCAAGGGGACCCUGGUGAUACCUGUUCUGACUUCUGUCUUGAAGGAUCCCAAAUAUUUCAAGAAUCCUCAUCAAUUUGAUCCUGGGCAUUUUCUUGAUGAAAACGGCUGCUUUAAGAAAAGUGAUGCCUUUAUUCCGUUUUCUAUAGGAAAACGGGCCUGUGCUGGAGAAGGUCUAGCAAAGAUGGAGAUAUUUCUGUUUCUGACCAGCAUCCUACAAAAGUUCACCUUGAAGCCAAAAAUAGAUGUGAAGGACAUUGAUCUCACCCCAGAACCUUUCAGUAAUUCAUCAAAACCUCGAACGUACGAGAUGUAUGCAGUUCCUCGUUAACAUCUAAUCAUGGUUGCUAGUCUCUUGAAGGGCCAAGAAUGUUAGCUUUCACUCAAUAUCAUAAAAUAUCCCUUUUGAUAAAUAUUUUAAGAGAGUCUUUGUUUGGGUAUGUGUUUACUCUAUAGGAGAAUCUAUAUAUCAUUUGUGAAAGUUGUAAAAAUAUA